AUGCAGCUUGUAAUGAAGAAGUCAAUCCUUCCUGUGAAAAAUGAGAAGGGUUCUGGAAAUAAAAUUCUUGCAAAAGAAGAUUUACAGAAGCUUCUAAAACAUUAUUUUGGCUACUCUGAGUUCAGGGGAAAACAGUUGCAGGCCAUUAAUGCGGUUUUGUCAGCACUGAUGGAAAACCAGGUUGAAACCUUGAGGAAGAAAGGAAUUCCUGCUGAGUUUCUCUCCUCUACACAGGCUGUGCAUGUUAAACAGAAGAUCCAUGAGGACCUAAAUUCUGGAAAGCCUUCUCUUAGAUUGUUGUAUGUGACUCCAGAGUUGGUGGCAACUGUUAGUUUCAUGGCCAAGCUAACAAAGCUUUAUGAUAGAGGGCUCUUGAGUCUCUUUGCAGUAGAUGAGGCUCAUUGCAUUUCAUCAUGGGGCCAUGAUUUCAGGCCCAGCUUUCGCAAAUUAUCUUCUUUAAGGAGCCAUUUUCCAGGUGUUCCUAUAUUAGCUCUGACAGCCACAGCUGUUCCUAAAGUUCAGAAAGAUGUGAUAAGUUCCUUGUGCCUUCAUCAACCAUUAGUCCUAAGUGCUUCAUUCAAUCGUCCUAAUAUAUAUUAUGAAGUUCGUUACAAAGAUCUUUUGAAAGAUACCUAUGCUGAUUUGUUAAAUCUACUAAAAUCUAGUGGAAAUGUUUGCUCGAUUGUUUAUUGUCAUGAGCGUUCCACUUGUGAUGAUUUAUCAUCUCACCUAUCAAAGCAUGGUAUCUCAUCAGCAGUUUACCAUGCUGGUUUGAGUAGCAAAUUGCGGUCUACUGUGUUGGAUGACUGGCUAUCUUCCAAAAUUGAGGUUGUUGUUGCAACAGUAGCUUUCGGGAUGGGUAUAGAUAGAAAGGAUGUUCGCAUUGUUUGUCACUUCAAUAUACCAAAAUCAAUGGAAGCCUUUUACCAAGAGUCUGGAAGAGCUGGCCGUGAUCAGUCGUCUUCGAGGAGUAUUUUAUACUAUGGAUUGGAUGAUUGCAAAAGAAUGGAAUUCAUUCUGAGUAAUGCUAUUGGGAAAAAUAAUGAAUGUUCAACUUCCUCAAAUGGCUUGUCAGAGAAGUCCCUUGCUGCAUUCAAUCAGAUGGUGGAAUACUGUGAAGGUUCUGGUUGCCGGAGAAAAAAGAUUCUUGAAAGUUUUGGUGAACAGAUAUCAACAUCAUUAUGCCAAAAAACAUGUGAUUCGUGCAAACAUCCGAACCUAGUAGUGCAGAAGUUGGAGGAUCUUCAGCGCAUACAUUAUUCUCACAAAAAGGCCAGGCUCUUUCCUAUUUUCAUUAAAAGCACAACCUAUGGCACUUCAGAAGGUCAGAGCACAGAAUUCUGGAAUCGAGAAAAUGAGGAUAGUUACUUGGGUGAAGAAAUAUCAAAUUCUGAAGAUGAAGCAGAUGAUGCUAGCAAUAUGACCAGAUCAAAGAUGCCAACAGAUGCAGCACUAGAUGAAAAAUUCAAGAUAUUGCAGCAUGCAGAAGAGGUUUAUUUUCGGAGUAAAGGUCCAAGCAAGCAGGGUAGCAGCGACAAAAAGACCAUUACUGACACAUUAAGAAAAGAAAGCACAAAAAGGUUUUUGAAUGCUCUGAAGCAGACCAAGGAACGGCUCAGAAAGCUACCAAUAGACUCUGAGGCUUCUGCUGCGUUCCUUGAAAUGGAAUGUUUUAAGAAGUACGAGAAGGUUGGGAAAACAUUUUACAUUUCGCAAGUUGCUGCCACAGUCAGGUGGUUGUCAAAUUCCAGCUUUGAGCAGAUAUAUGACAGGCUUAGUGAUGAAUCUACCCAGACUAGCUCCAGUUAUGGACAGGAUGAUCUUCCAAGUGGUACUGAUUCAGCUUUGCUUCAGGAUGGGAUUACUACAGAAGCUGUGCAUAAAGAAAGCCAGCUUAAUAGUAAUGCCCCAGUAGAAAAUUUUAAUUGUUCACUAGAGAUGAAGAAUCCUAACGAAAAGAUUGAUCUUCCUCCGAUCCCAUCCUUCUCGGAAUUUGUCAACGGAAAGGGGAGGGCACAGUCUUCUGGUUCUUCAAAUAUCACAACUUCAGAAUCUAGGAAGCACACGGGCAAGAAUCUGGAGAAGAGGAUACGAUUGAAGUAAAUCUGCUUAACCGACCCCUCUCAGCUAGAUGUUACCUCGUUCAUUUGUCUUUUAAUGCUAAUGUUGUCAAACUACGUGAACCGGCAAUAUGUUGUUUAAGGGGUAGACAUCAAUGUUUUGAUCCAUGUUCUGGAGAGUUUUUUGAUGGCUGUAGAAGAUAGCUGCUAAUGGACCCUAUAAAAGGCAUCUCAUGUGUCUGUGGCAAACAAAGAUUUUGGGCUUGCAAAUUUCAAGCACUUGAUUAAACAUCGUCCUUCUUUGUGAUACAAGUUCUUGUUCCUCUUUGUUUUUGAUUGAUCUUUUGCAGUUGCAUCAAAGGAUUGUUGUAAACUUUUACAUCAGUCAACUGGAUAAUUCGAAGAGUCACCAGUUGGCACUGAUCAUGUUUCAAGCGCUUGAUUAAACAUCAUCCUUCUUUGUGAUACAAGUUCUCGUUCCUCUUUGUUUUUGAUUGAUCUUUAGCUGUUGCAUCAAAGGAUUGUUGUAAACUUUUACAUCAGUCAACUGGAUAAUUCAAAGAGUCACCGGUUGGCACUGAUCAUGUUUUCGAUCAGCUAAUUAAAAAUCCAGGAAUCAUUUUGGUGCUAAUUUAUGAUGAAGAAACUCCCAAAAUCUCUUCGAUGAGUUGACCUGGAAAUGUUGAUUGUUAUGUUGUGCCCCAAAUGUAGGAUGCAUAGAACAUGAGUGAAAGUUUAGAAGUAGGGAUGCCAAAGAGGCUUGAUAGUUCUCCUUGCACAAUUUAUGUGGUUCAAAAUAGUAUCAACUAAGCCAAGAAUGCUCAGUAUCAGCGAAAUAUAUUGGAUGCAUAAAGAUGAAAUGUUUUUGCUACGAAGUCGAACUAUGCAAUGUUUCGAGUGUUGAAAAAGAUCCAAUUUAAAAUGGCUUUCUUGAUACAAGCAAUGCAUGUAGAUGAUGUUGCAAAUAUGUUAUUUGGAAUUUGCUACAUAGAUUUUUUUUGUUGUUGUUGUUGUUAGAACAAACAAUAUACACAAAAGCAAGAUAUUGUGCAAAUUUAAACAGCUUUUAGAAACUUUGCGGCGGACUUGCAUUGCAAAUGUUGUUGUCGUUCUCCAUCCUCUCGACACCACCCAGUUCUUCGUGUUUCUCCAUCCUCUCGAUCUCGUCUUCACCACCUUGUUCUCCGUGUUGGAUGCAGAACAAAUGCCUACAUCAAACUUGUGCUGAGAAGUAGAAGAGCAUGUUCAUAUGGAUGUGGAGUUCAUACACAGAAAUUAUGUCAGUGAUAAGAGAAAGCCAGUAGAUAAACCCUAACCAUGCUGCUCUCAAGAACAAAACAGCCACCUUUAACCAUUCCUGUUCUCCAAGAACAAGAGAAAGAUCAGGGAGAGAGCCUCUGACCACCAGCAUGGAAACACCAGAUAAGUUUUGAGCAACCAAAGAAUCAAAGCCACACACAAUAUAUCUAGGCUGCAUUCUGAAAUUUCCAUCAUGUUCCAUUGACAAAUGCAACUACCAACGAUUUCGAUGUAUUCUCCAUCCAAAUCUUCUUUAAUUGACACAGUUGCAUUUCACAGAGAAGGCAGUGAUAAUUAUACAUCAACAAUACAAAUCCAGUACACAAAAUGAUCCAUUUUAUUUGUGGCAUACAUUGCUAGUCAACCAUUUGGGAGUUCCAAUACCUUAAAGGAAGACAAAGAUGUCAAAGCACACAGAACAAUAGAUUAACUUAAGCAGCUUCAAUAACCAUCGAGAAUGGACACUCUCAAGCUUUAUAGCAGACUUCGCCAUCACAGAUGUAUCCUUCCUUGCCAUUCUCCCUUUGUUCUUCUCCAGGGCAAUCACUGUGUGAA